AGAUGGGCAACCCUCGGCAACCAUACAUUGCCCCAAAGAAAAAAAGGUUACUGACGAAAUUAAAGUAUUAAAUAAAUCGUAACUGAAAUGGACGACGAAGAGGAUCCCAUUGUGGAGGAGAUACCAGUAUUUCUAUCGAAGAAUCUGCAGGACAACUUGUACCUCUUCCAGUAUCCCACAAAAACGGAAAUCGCCAAUCACGACGAUGCCAUCGUCGUCAAUUGUUGUGUGAAACCGUUUACACAGGAAGUCAAGGUAGAUUUUGGACUGAAUAUUGAAUCCAAGCACUACGACCGAUUCAAGGCCGAACAAUUUGCUGUGGCCGCCGAUGGCAAGAACACCUAUGGAGCUGUUCCGCCCAAGGGAGCGGAAAGACCGACAUUCAAGCGUGGCAUCAUGGACAAACAGGCGUUUACGAGCACGCGUUCCUUGACGGACAUCUCGAAGUACGUUGUGGGCAUCUACACAGACAAGGAGGUGCAUCUAUCCCCGCUGGCCAGCAUUGUGCAACUGCGUCCCUCACUCAGCCACUUUGACAAGGAAGACAAGCGACGCAAGGCCGAACAGAAGGCCCAAAAUGACGAUAUCGAUGACGAUGAAGUGGCUCAACAGGUGACUGUGAAGUUUGCACGUGGCACGGGAGCUGGCGCUGCUGCUAAAAAGACCAAGGAACAGCGCGGUACCUAUGACAACUUUGUGCAGCGCAUUGUGGAGGAGCCUUGGUGUGAGACCUUUUGGCACGCCCGCGACACACCCACUGCGGAGCUGGAGCGCCAGAAGAUGUACAGCACGAAUCAUCAGUCGAAUCAGUCGCUGUCGCUGCCAGCCAACGAAUAUCUGAGCAAACUCUUGCCACACGACGAGCAUGUCCAACAGGUGGACGUGGCCAACGUGUUGCCAGUCUAUAACAAGGCCAUGUUGAAGACCAUGCCUCUGCUGGAACAGCUGCGCGUGUUGCUCAAGGAUGCCAGGACGCUCUCGUUUGCGGAUGUGCUGCACAUUCUGUCGGAUCACAUUGAUCCCCAUGUGAGUGCAGACAAGGUGCUGGCUCUGCUUCCCCAGGUGGGAAUCCUGCUGCACGGCAAUUGGGUGCCCAAGUCCGAGGUGGUCUUUCCCGAGAAGAUGCUUUCACAUGCCAACGGCGUUACGGCGGAGCAAAUGAUACGCGCCAGGGAUUACAUACUCUACAGAUUCUCACGCACGCCGUACCUGUAUCGUAACCAGGUGAUGACUGCCACACAAUUGCCUCCCGCCGAGACUCUGGACGUGCUGAGCACCGUGGCACGCGUUAAUUCCACGAAACGCUGGGAGCUUUUACUGCCACCCGACAAGGAGUUUGAGCAGAAGCACGUGGAACUGGUGCAGCGGCAGGAGUUGCAUUGGCGUGCCACGGAGCAGUCCUACAAUGAAAUGGACUGGGCCAAGGAGACGAAGAGAGUUCGCAAGCGAUCCACGCGCAAAAGUGAAUCCCAAUCACAACAAACGACGAUGCCGCCGCCUGCAGUGCAUGCUCCCACAGAGGCGUAGCAGUGAUUAACUGUUCCAGACAUUAAAAUGAGAAAAAUCUUUGUUAUAAA